AUGCCUAACAGUUGGGAUUAUAUUGCGAAUCUUCCAGGAGAAGUAUGCAGGAAUCCUGAACUAGAUUUUUUCCCCUUAUCAGAAGUAGGGACGGGCAUCUUCUAUAUUUCCAGAAACAAGAGCAGUGUGGUAACUCUUCAAAGUAAUGAUUACAAAAACAUGGCGAAUGAAGAAUUUUUGUCUUUGAAAGUCCCAAGCCAAAUGACCACACAGGACUCCUCAGUGACGUUCUGUAAAAAUGAGCCCCAGGAUCUUCAGAAAAGAAAAAGUCUAUUUAUAACUGAAGAAAGCACUGAGAGAAAAGUCUUGCGGGGAGAAAGUCCUCCCAUGGAUCAUUGUUCAGAGAACCUUCAAAUUAAACUUAUGUCUGAUGUAACAGAACUGGUCUCGCCAUUGGUCACUGGUGAGGCAAAUUGCCAGAAUGGCCAAUUGAAAGAGUCUUUGGAUCUCUCUGACUGUAACUGCAAAGAUGUUUGUGGUUGGAAAUCACGAGUGGUCAGUCGUAGUCAUCAGAGAGCUCAUACAGAGGAGAAACACUGUAACCAUUACAACAUUGAGAAGAGACAUAACAACAGCUCAGAUGGUCAUCCGUGUGAGAAAAUCCACCCUGCAGAGAAAUUACACAGGUGUAGUCAGUGUGGUAAGGACUUCAGUGAGCACUCAGAACUACUGCUUCAUCAAAGACACCACACAGAGGAAAAGCCCUACAAAUGUGAGCUGUGUGGGAAGGGCUUCACGAGGAGCUCCAGUCUCCUCAUCCAUCAAGCAGUCCACACAGAUGAGAAACCCUAUAAGUGUGACAAGUGUGGGAAAGGCUUCACAAGAAGUUCGAGUCUGCUCAUUCAUCAUGCAGUCCAUACGGGCGAGAAGCCUUAUAAAUGUGACAAGUGUGGCAAGGGCUUUAGUCAGAGCUCCAAACUGCAUAUCCACCAGCGAGUGCACACUGGAGAGAAGCCCUAUGAGUGCGGGGAGUGUGGUAUGAGUUUCAGUCAGCGCUCCAACCUGCACAUCCACCAGCGAGUCCACACUGGGGAGAGGCCCUACAAGUGUGGGGAGUGCGGGAAGGGCUUCAGUCAGAGUUCAAACCUUCACAUUCACCGCUGCAUACACACAGGCGAGAAGCCUUUCCAGUGCUAUGAGUGUGGGAAGGGCUUCAGCCAGAGCUCUGAUCUCCGCAUCCAUCUCAGAGUCCACACUGGAGAGAAGCCCUAUCACUGUGGCAAAUGUGGGAAGGGAUUUAGCCAGAGUUCAAAACUCCUCAUCCAUCAGAGAGUGCAUACUGGAGAGAAGCCCUAUGAGUGCAGCAAGUGUGGGAAAGGCUUCAGCCAGAGCUCCAACCUCCACAUCCACCAGCGGGUUCAUAGGAAAGAUCCCAUUAAAUAAGAUCUUCAGUAUGCUCAUAAAGUAAAGACUUAAAUAUUUUUAACAUCAUUCUUUUAUAUUCUCUGGAGAGAGAUAGUAAAAGUUACUCAUUUCUGUUCCCUCACUGAAAAUCAUUUAUUUAAAGUAUUUAAGUACCAAGCUCUUUGGUAUACUAUACAAUGAACUGACUGUUCCAGUUCCUCAUGUGGGUACAAUGAAAUGUCUGUACUUUGCAGUUCAACCAGCGUUGUCAGAACCACAUGUCCUACCCAGAUUUUUAAGUGGAAGAACUUUUUAUUUGUGUAAGUAGGACAUGUUUCCCUUUGUUCAUAUUAUCUGAGAAAUUGAAACUCGGGUUUCUCUUCAAA